AUGCUCGUUUUGGUGGGCGGCUUCUUGCCGGCAGAUGAGGUAGCGACCAUCGUGGGAGACAUCGGAGCGGACACGUGCAAGUUCGGCUACGGGGGGGAAGACUCGCCAAAGCAUGUCUUCUUGUCGACGGCGGGAUAUCUCCCCGGCAACACGAGCAUCAAAGAGGGCAUGAACAAGACGACGACAACAACGACGGCGCAAGGGGGGAGCGCGGCGAUGGACGUCGACGCAGGAGGGGGGGGGGCAGCGGGGGGCGCGGGAGGAAGGGCUAAGGCCAAGAACAACGAGGGCGGGAGCAGGGGGGAGAGUGGCCGCUGGUUGGUGGGAGACCUUGCGGUCUCGAGGAGAAGGGAUGGCAUGGAGAUGAGGAGCCCGCUGGUUGACGGGUUGCUGUCAGACUGGGACCAGGUGGAGAAGCUCUGGGAACACGCCUUUCGCGAUCGCUUGCGAGCGGUAGCCUCGGAGCGGCCAGUGCUCGUGGCGGAGGCGUCUUGGAGCACCGUCAAGGAGCGGCGGGGCCUGAUGGAGCUCAUGUUCGAGAAGUUCGGGGUGCCGGCCAUGUUUCCAGCGAAGAACGCCAUGCUCAGCGCGUUUUCGGCGGGGCGGGCGACGGCGCUGGUGUGCGAUUGUGGGCACGGCGCAACCAGUGCCGUUCCGGUGGUGGACGGUUUCGUUUUGAACAGGGCUGUGCAGAGAGGGAUCCGAGGGGGCGACUGGCUCACGCAACAGACCAACGCACACCUUGCGGCAAAAGGUAUCCAGAUCAGACCACGCUACGCCCUUCAACAGCGAGGGGCGGCGAGUGUCCCCACGACUACGGCGGCAACCUCCAACGGGAAAGAGAAAGGAAAGGCGGGGAGUGGGGGGGCGGCCGCGAAGCCCGAGCCGUUCCCGGGAACGACGCUCAGCUACGCGAAUCACAUGCGCAUGGAAAUCGUCCGAGAGUUGAAGGAGACGUGCAUGUCGAUUCCUUUGGAGGACUCGGGUAGUUCGUCGGAGGAGGACGAGGGCCGAGAGACCAAGUACACGCUUCCCGACGGCACCGACAUUGAGCUGACGGACGAGCUCCGCCACAUCCCGGAGGUGUUGAUGGAGUCAUCGGCGAUGACUCCGCUCCACAAGCAGAAGGAGAACCUGGCCCUCGACCUUCCCCUGCCCGCACUCAUGAGAAGGGCGUUGGAGCAGUCCGACGCGGACGCUCGCAAGGAGAUGGUGGGCAACGUGGUCCUGACCGGAGGCGGCUCGCUCUUCGAGGGCAUGCCGGAGAGGAUCACGUCCGAGCUAUCCAGCUCCCUGCCCUCGGCCUUCAAGGUCCGGACCCUGACCGCUUCCCCGAUCGAGCGAAGGUUUAGCGUGUGGAUCGGCGGGUCCAUCUUGUGCUCCCUCGGCACCUUCCAGCAGCUCUGGCUGUCCAAGCGACAGUACGAGGAGCAAGGGGCUGAUGUCGCCGAGUCUCGCCGAUUUCAGGGAUAAAUCAGCAACGGGGCUCGCGUACCUAUAGGCUAGGUGGGGGGGUAUGUAGGUACAUUGGGGUUUCGCAUCACAAGGUUCUUAGGGCUAAGUUGGGGGUUUCGAGUGUAGUUUGCAUGCUCCUUUGGGCACAAACACGUGGUGCGUGGGGAGACAGGGGUACGGCGAAAGAGACAGGCGCUCCAACCCUGCUAGGGUAUUAUUAACAUAGUUUUUUUUGUUGGCGGCAGCAGGAGAGGGUCGCUGGCUCCGAGUUGUAGAGAGUGUUGUUGUGUCCUUGAUGUUGCAUAAAAAUCUGCCCGCUUGUGGGAUAU